UAUUCGUGUUCGUACGCCUGCCCUUCUACAAUCCACCUCAUCCCUCACCAGCUCUCAACAAAAUCCGUGAUAUAUCCUGCGAAUCACGGCUUCUUCGCACACACAUUCAUUCCCAUCCCUCCCCCUACCCCACGCGGUGGCGACUCAAAUAACGAAUACGCUGGUGUGACCGACAAGAAAAAAUGGCGCCCAGGAGAUCCCACAAGAAGUCGCGAACUGGCUGCCAGAAGUGCAAGAGACGCAGAAUAAAGUGCGAUGAGGUCCAUCCUUCGUGCGGUAAUUGCCUUAAGCAUGCCAUCAUCUGCGAUUUCUCAUUGUCGCCCGAAGAGCAACGCGCUGUUUCGCUGGAGUUCCAAUCGGCGCCGCGGGCUGCAGCCGGAGGUCAGGCGAAGUCGUCGUCGUCAUCGGCCGCUUCACCGCUGCUGCUGCCGCCGCCGCCGCCCCCGCCGCCGCAGCUGCAGCAGCACUCAUUUAUGUCUUCCGUCAACUUGCGAAUCCCGACAGCGCACCCUCCCACACUCAACGUGCUCGACCUCUCGCUGAUGCACCACUGGUCCAUCUACACCGUGGAUUCGAUGAGCAACCGCGACCAUAUCCAGCAGAUAUGGCGCCUCAACGUACCCACACUAGCCGUCCACCACCCAUUCCUAAUGCACGCGCUCCUCGCCAUCUCGGCGAUGCACCUCCACUACAAAGGUGCCGACCCCUCCGAGAGCAGCCCCUACCUCUCCGUCGCCUCGCACCACCACGAGUGCGCCGUCCGCGGCAUGGCCGGCUGCCUCGCGCACAUCUCCCGCGACAAUUGCGACGCCCUGUUCAUCGCGUCCUCGCUGGUAGUGAUCUACUCCUUCGUUGCAUCGCGCAUCGACGAAGUCCCGACGCAAAUCGCCUCCUGGGUCCCUCUCAUCCGCGGCGUGCACAGCAUCCUGAAGCAAGCGUGGAGCUGGGUCAACAGCGGCCCGCUCUCCCCACUCUUCACGCAAUACGACCGCUCGCCGUCCAGCGAAGGCCUCGACCCGGAGACCGAGAGUGUGAUCCAGAGCCUGUACCGUCUCUGCACGGACCGCACACUUCCGGGCUCCAACGAGCUCUCGGACAUCGCGACGUCAACAGCAUACUUCUCCGCGAUCGCCGAGCUGCGGCGCACCUUCGCAACAAUCUCGGCAUGGGGGUCCAUAAUCGGCAGCAUAUUCGUAUGGCCCGUCACGGCAAACGACAAGUACGUGGAGCUACUCGUUGAACGCCGCCCGCGCGCCCUCGUGAUCUUCAUGCACUACUGCGCACUGUUCUCACUCGUCGAGGAGUUCUGGUGGUCACAGGGCAGCGCUCUGUUCGAGCUCAGACGGUGCGAACAGUGUUUAGCCGAUGAGUGGCUGCCGUGGAUCGAGUGGCCACGACUCAGAAUUCUAGCGGGAGAUCUGUCGGUCGUCGUCGGCGGAGGGCGGCACACGAGCAGUCGCCUAGUAUGA